GCGAUAUACAGAAACUAAAAAAAAAUUAUUUUUAACCUUUCUUAUCAAUAGUUUUUAUAACUUCGAUAAUUUUAAGUCUGUUUUUGAUCGAUAGGAUUCAUUCUGUGCCCAAAUUUUAAUUGAAGAACAACUUCUAAGAGGUUUUUAAUAUAUUCAAGAAAAUAUAAAUUAUAUUUGUAAAGAUUUAAAAUCAAAAUGUCUGCUAACGAUAUUUCUUCUGGCAAUGCACAGCUAGCGUUAAAUCCAACUUGUAUGGAAUCUGUGAAUAGAGUUACCAAAUUACCUGUUGUAGAUACAACUUUUAAGACUGCUAGUAGAAUCUACGAGAAAGUCAAGGAUUACAACGGACUCACACAUUGGACCCUUUCAACUGCUGAACAUACUCUUUGUACAGCAGUCGAUCUGGGAAAACCCGCUGCGACUACAGUCAUAAAAAAUUUCGAAGGUUCCAUUAAAAAAGUAGACGGUGCUCUAUGCGGCGGUUUGGACUACAUCGAAUCCAAAGUACCAGCAGUUAAAUUACCUCCAGGAGAAAUCGUUUUACAGGUUUACAACAACACCAAGGAGUACGUGAAUAGUACGGUGUCGCCAGCCGUCGAAACCGCCAUGUCUUACGCCGAACCCGCUUUUAAAACUGCGAUGCACAUCGUCGAACCGGCUCUUGGUUUAGCCAAAGCGGCGGUCGAGCCCGCCGUUGAGAAAGCAAAGACUAUGAUGGAACCUUAUCUUCAACCGGCUUUAAAUAAAGCUCAAGCCAUCAAAGAUGAUGUUAUGCACAAAGUCGAGGAGUACAUACAUUUGCCACACCAAGAAGGUGAAGUUGUCGAAUGUUACGAGUGCCAACAAAUCAAAAGAAGAUUGGAAGAGGCUAAUCGAAACGCUGUACCGGACCAAACCCAGGAUGAACAAUAACAAUAAUAAUCUACUUUUUUUGUAAUUUUAAGUGGGUUUUUGUUUUUAUUAUGAUUUUUAUGUAAGACUGUUUGUGUUAAGUAAAAAUGGAUGGAUUUUCAAAUGGCAGAAUUGAUAUUUGGGGAUAUUUUAACUUCCCAUGGUAAAAUAAAUGCCAUGAAUUUUAUAAUGUUUGUUAAGAAUAUUUUAUACUGAUAUAGAUUUAAAUUAUUAGAUGUUUAAAUAAAUAUACAUAUUUUUAUUUAAAUAAAUAAUUGCAUUUUCCCCAGUGCUUUAUUUGAACCUUCUUUAAUCUUUUGAGGUAAUGGAUUUAUAAAAAAAAUUAACUUUUUACUUCUUAGACAUUUUUAUAUGUUUUUAUUGAUGAAUAGUCUUGAUUGCGAUGUAAAAUCAGUUUAAAAUAUCAGGUAAAAAUUGACGUUCUGACCUUUAUCAAAAUAUAAGUCCAAAUCAAAACGAUUCAUCACGAAAAUAUAAUAAAAUUAUACAAUUUCAUAUUUUUAUCAAAAUGUAUCUCGAUUAAUCAAAAUAGUACCCAAAUAUUGAGUUACAUCCAUCA